AUGAAAGUCGAUCACCUCGAAGACUUGAUGGCAUUACCAUGGUGUACAGCACUUCUUUCCGAUCCUUCAGUAACGCAUAUAAGUAAACGCUUGGUACCUGAUGCAAACUCAGAACGUGCAAACGAGGAUACGUUGGUCUCUCGGGCGCUCUUCACCGACAGUUCUAUUCGCGCCUAUGUCACAUUGUAUCGACCGGGAAAUGGGCAAGGAAGAGAAGUAGGCACAGGAAACCUGAUGAUCAAGAGUGGUUUCGUGCGCACGGAACCUUCGCCCGAAUCCCGCCAGCAAGAAACGCGAAGGCAAGCGAAGAAACAAGAAAAGCAUUUCGAUAUCAGCGAUUCUAAUAGCCCCGAAGAAAUCGCCCUUGUUUCCGUUGGUAGCGACGUUAAUGGCGGACUUGGCCGGCUUCACGGUGGCAUUAUUUGUACGCUAUUGGAUCAUUGUAUGGGCGGUUUCUUACACUAUGCUUAUGAAACGCGCGCGCUUCUAACUGCAGAAUUAACGGUCAAGUUCAAGAGGCCAAUGUAUACGCCUACUGUUUUCAUGGUGAGAACCAAAGUCAAGAGAGAGGUGGGCAGGUGGAUUGAGACGGUGGGGUGGGUUGAGGACGGCCAUGGGACCGUAUUUGCAGAGGCCUCCGCAACAUAUGUGCUUGUGAAGAUUGAGGAGGCUAAGCUUUAG